AUGCCGGCCGUCAUGGAGGACCCGGCCGGCCCCACCAUCCUCCGUGUCUCGGGCCAACCACCGUUCCCGGACCCCAGCAACCCGGGCCUGCCGGCUGACAUUGUCCCUCGCCAGGUCACCCUCCGGGACCGGCAGACCGUCGCCACCAUUGUGCCCUUUGCCUCGCGACACCAGUUGCCGCCCUCGCUGCUCGUCUACCUGUGCGACCAGCUCAACCGCGAGAUUGACGGCGGCGACACGUACCCCAUGAUGGACCCCUUCAGCGUCGACGGCUUCGCCGACUACUGGUUCCAGUCGUUUGGCGCCGUCAUGUUGCUGGGCAGCCUCGAAGGCGAGGGCGACGUGGCCGAGGGCCGCGACUGGGCCAAGGAGUGCCUCGGCAGCUUCUUCAUCAAGCCCAACUACCCGGGCCGCAGCAGCCACGUGUGCAACGCCAGCUUCAUCGUGACGGACGGGUCGCGCAAUCGCGGCGUCGGGCGGCUCAUGGGCGAGGCGUACCUGGACUGGGCGCCGCGGCUGUGCUACACGUACAGCGUCUUCAACCUCGUCUACGAGACCAACGUGGCGUCGUGCCGCAUCUGGGACGCGCUGGGCUUCAAGCGCAUCGGGCGCGUGCGCGCGUGCGGCAACCUGCGCAGUCACCCGGACCGGCUCAUCGACGCCAUCAUCUACGGGCGCGACCUGGGGCCCGGCGACGGCGACGAGCUCGUCAGCGAGGAGCGCUUCGACAAGAUCCGCUACUACCUCAAGUACGGCAAGUACCCCAACGGCGCCGACCGCGCCGAGAAAAGCAGGCUGCGCAGCGCCGCGACGCACUACAAGCUGCUCGACGGCGACAAGCUCAUGCUCAAGGACAAGGAGGUCAUUGCCGACCCCGUGCGCCAGUACGAGGUGGCCCGCAGCGUCCACGCCAUCCACCACGGCGGCAUCAACAAGACGACGGCCACCAUUGCCGACAAGUACCACUGGAGCCGCAUCAAGGAGACGGUCAGCGACGUCAUCCGCGCCUGCGCCGAGUGUAAGGAGCUCGGAAAGACGCCCAACCCGGGGGGGAGCCGGAAGGCGGCGGCCGGAGUUGGGUCGACGGAUGGUGCUGCUGCGACGACACGAGACGGACCGCCACUGCAACGGCAAGGCCAACAUCAGCUGUAUCAGCAGCAGCAGCAGCAGGUCGACGGCACCAUGGCCGCGGCGGACCGCGUCCUGGCCCUGCAGCAGAGUCACAGCCUCCUGCCGGCACUGUCGCAGCCGAGCCCAGCGGCCAGCCCGAGCCCCUACGCCAACCCCAGCGACAUCUCCGUCCUGGCAUCGUCCCACGACCUGGACGCGACCACCCAGCCGGCGUCCGGCUCGACGCUCCAUGGCCAUUCUCAUCAUCACCACGACAUGCAGCCUCCUCCGCACCAUAGUCCCAUGCUCCAGGACCAGCCUCUCGGCCAGCACCAACGUCACCGCCAUCACCACCACCACCACCAUCACCAGACUUCCCCCGACGCCUCUCCUCCCGCUCAUCAUCCGCACCACCAUCCCUCGGACCUGUACCAGCCCAUCGACCCGCAGAUCAUCAACCAACCUCACCACCACCACCAUCACCACCACCACCCCUCCGCCGCCACCGACCACCAUCACCAGCAACAGCAUCAGCAGCAGCCGCCGCCAGAAGACGACCCCUUCGACCACUACCCGCCGCACGCAGACUUCCAGGCCCUCCUCAGCGCGACCGACGUCGACGACGACAUCGCUGUCGCCGGCCCGGCCGAGAGCGAUGCCGCCGCCGCCGCAGCUGCCGCCGCAGCCGCAGCCGCAGCCGUGGACCGUGACCUGGAAAUGCUCAUCGAACAAGACGAUGUCGACGAAAAUGUCGCCGGCACCGGCGCCGGCCCCCACCAAGACGUGGACGGCGAGGCCAUGCAGGGGCUCGAUGAAGCGCAGGGGUCGUCGUUCCGUAGGGCUGCCAGGGGCGAGAGGGGGCUGUACGACGACGACGACGAUGUCGGCUUCGGCAGCCCGGGGGGGUGA